GAAUUGUAAGAGAAUAAAUCAGAAGGAAUCCAGUAUCCAUUCACCUGGCUGGGUACAUGUUUAGAAGAAAAGAAAAAAAAAAAGAUCCCGAGAGGCAGGGAACAACCGAAAGAAGAAGCAGAGAAGAGUGGAAGAGGGAAAAGUCUGCAAGACAAUUUACAAAGAAUCUUUGCAAUCAUUUUUCUGUCUCGGUUUUUUUGCAGAAAGUAACAAAUCUUCCCCUGUCCUGAGACUGCAGAAAAAGGAAAAAAAUAAAUAAAAAAAAGCUCUUUAGAAAUACAGAAGGAGCCUCAGAACUGUUUGGAUAGGAGCGAGCAGUUCACGUUUUGCUGGAAUCCAAAAAAAAGCAACACAAGGGAAAUUGAAACUUUUGGAUUAUGCGUUUACAGCAAAGGUUUCGAAGAUGAGGGGGUUCGCUGCCCUGUUUGUGACGUUGAAUUAUUUGGUUUUAUUUCAUGAAAGCUCGGCCCAGCAACAAGCAAGGUGUGAAAAUAUCUAUGAUUCGGAUAUUGUUUUCAUCGUCGAUGGAUCCUCCAGCAUUGGGAGGUCCAAUUUCCGUAUGGUCAAGUCCUUUAUGGAAGGGCUGGUCCUCCCUUUUGUAAAUGUGGUUGGCGAGGAGGGUGUGCGCUUUGGAGUCGUCCAAUACAGUGAUGACCCCAGAACAGAAUUUGUGUUUUCUAAGCACCGGAAUGGGACAGAAGUAAUUCAGGCCAUCAGAAAUUUAAGCUACAAGGGAGGGAACACUCGGACCGGCACCGGUCUAAGAUACGUGACCGAUAACUUUUUUGGACCUACCAUUAUACGCCCUGAUGUCCCCAAGGUAGCUAUUUUGAUUACAGAUGGGAAAUCGCAAGAUGAAGUCGACCAAGCUUCUCAAAGACUUAAAGCUCAAGGAGUCAAACUAUUUGCCGUGGGUAUAAAGAAUGCGGAUAGUAGAGAGCUGACUCGGGUGGCAUCCACACCAACAGAAGACUUCUUCUUCUACGUCAAUGACUUCAAAAUCCUUGGAACGCUUCUUUCUCUGGUGUCUCGAAAAAUUUGUGUCAGCACCGGUGGGGUCUACGUAGAUGAUUCUGUUACUUACACAGGACCAUCCAACCUGGUCAUCUCUGAUCAGACCUCAGAAUCUAUGAGAAUACGGUGGACGGCAGCAACUGGUCCGGUUACCGGUUAUAGCGUUCUGUAUGUUCCUCUAACGGGAUUAGGACAACCAAUCCAAUCAGAACAGAGAGAGAUCACCCUAACUGCUGGUCAGACUGAGGGAUUAUUACAGGGUCUGAGAGCCUCGACGGAAUACUCCGUCACUGUCACAGCUCUGUAUCCCAACAGCAUUGGGGAAUCGGUGUCCGGCAGGGAGAGAACCUUGAGUUCAGUUGGUAUAUCCAACUUUCGUGUGUCCGAGGCCGGCCCUACGUUUUUGAGACUGGUAUGGUCCACCACUGGAACAGAAUCACCGCGGGGCUACAGGCUCACAUAUUCAACUAGAGGUGACGGGAGGACAGCGGAGAAGAUAUUGAGUGGGAACGCAGUAUCAGAAACACUCAGCGACCUGAGUCCGAACACUGAAUAUAUCCUAGUCCUUUACCCUCAGUACCAGCGCCAGACUGGAACCCCUGUUACCAUUACAGGGCGAACCCAGCUUAUGCAGGCCAUUUCUGAGCUGAUCCUGCAGGACGUCACAUCACAGAGCAUGACAGCUACGUGGCGAGGGGUUAGUGGGGCCACCGGCUAUCGUAUCUCCUGGGUAUCCCAAUCAGGUGACGACGCAAAGGACUUUGAUGUUGGUGCCGAUGUAAACUCUUACUUUAUUCAAAACCUCCUGCCCAGCACCGAAUACACCGUGUCUGUCAGCCCACUGUACGGAGCCGAGGAAGGAUCUGCUGCUUCGAAGCGGGUGAAGACAGAAUCGGGAAUAGUUCAGGUACUGAGAACCUUUGCAGACAGUCCAACAUCAAUCCAAGUGACCUGGAACCUGAUUCCAGAUGCCACGGGUUAUAGGCUGGAGUGGAGACGAGCCAGAGGUGGUCCGAAAGCUCCUCAAACUGUAAACUUACCCACCAGUACCAACAGGUACGAAAUCAGAGGCUUACGACCAGGAACUGAGUAUCGCAUCACGCUUUUCACCUUAUACAAUGGCAGAGAGGUGGCCACACCGGCCACCACAUCUGAAACAGACGCCUCGGUUGGCACAAUCACCAAUCUGCGGGUUGUGGAGGCUUCCGGAACCAGAGUUCGUUUGGCUUGGACACGAGCACCAGGUGCCACAGAAUACAGGAUUGUGAUCCGUAGCGCCGAUGGAUCUUUUGAGAGGACAAGACGGGUGUCAGGAAGCCAGGACACAUUUGAGAUCGAUGGUCUUGAAGAAGACAUUACCUACAUUGUCAGCAUAUCAGCUUUAGCUGGCAGACUCGAAGGCUCAGCCGUCCCCAUCAGUGUCCGGAUCGAACCAGUGGCCAUUGGUCCCAUCACCAACCUGCGUGUGUUGGAUAUACGGAGAGGACGUAUUCGUCUGUCUUGGAAUGGAGUUCCAGGAGUCACCGAGUACAGAAUCAUCAGCAGGAACACAGAAGACAAUACAGAGGAUGUCAGGGUGAUUCCCGGGGAUCAGACGCUCUUCGAGCUGGUCAAUAUCCAAGAAGGUGUCACGUAUGUAGUAAGGGUGAUUCCCGUGGUCGGUACAAGAGAAGGAAUUCCAGGGAUUAUCAACGUUAAGACCGAGACUACAGUGGUGCCGGUAGUUGCAAACCUUCGAGUGGUGGAGUCAGGAAUAAAUAGCGUGCGGAUCACGUGGACUGGAGUGGCCAGAGCAACAGGGUACAAGGUCACUUGGAGGCAGAGUGAUGGCCGUCAGUUUAGCCAAACGCUUCCACCCGACGCUACGUCCUUUGACAUAAAAGGUUUGCAGGGAAAUUCAGUUUAUGUCAUCGGCGUUUCUGCUCUGAUCGGAGCGGCAGAAAGCAACGCUGUGACUGUAACGGCACGGACAGAUGAUGACUCCGUGGAUUCUGUCACCAACCUGAGGGCUGUGGAUGUCGGAGAAAACGCAGUCAGGAUAGCAUGGGAUGCUGUUCCAAGGGCCACUAGUUAUAGGAUCACCUGGAGACGUAGCGACGGUGUUGAGAUCUCGCGAUUGGUGACGAGGGACACUUCGGUCGAUAUUUCAGACCUGGUGACCGGAACGAACUACGUCAUCCAAGUCACUACCCUCGUGGACAACAGAGAGAGUACCCCAUCAUCUGUCACUGUCCGAACAGCUCAAGAAGUCGGACGGGUAACAAGCCUCCGGGUUGUGGAGGGCAGAAAUAAUGUCAUCCGAGUAACAUGGGUUGGAGUGCAAGGCGCCACAUCCUACAGGAUUUCCUGGAGCCCAGUGGAUGGAGGUCCAGAGCAGACCCGGGAGGUCCCGGGAAACACCAAUUCCUUUGAACUCGUGAACCUGGAAUCAGGAUUACGGUACACGGUAAAAGUCACGGCACUGAUAGGAAAUCGCCAGGGAGAACCCGUCAGCACCAGCGUCAAAACACCGGAUGAACCGACUAUCUCUGCUGUAAGCAACCUGCGCGUGACGGAUAUUUCGGAACAGCGCAUACGGCUCAGCUGGAGUUCUGCGGCUGGGGCCAGCGGAUACCGCAUCUACUGGAGACGGGCCGACGGUGGCCCGGAAACCGUUCGUCUGGCUAGUGGAGAUGCGAGAUAUUUUGAUAUCGAUGACCUGCAGGCCGGCGGGCGUUACGAAUUCCGUGUGGCGGCCUUGUUCGGAAACCGUGAAAGUGACAUCACCACAAUCAUUGCUAACACAGCAUGUGGGACUGGACGGACAGACAUUGUCUUCUUAGUCCACGCAACAAGGGAUAACGCAUACAAUGAAGAGCCUGUGAAAAAAUUUCUUUCCGAGGUGGUCACUUCAGUAGGACAGCUUGGACCAGAUGCUACGCAGGUGGGUGUAGAGGCUUACAGCUUCCGUGCACGACCGUGGAUCCUCCUGAAUCGAUCCAGCGAACUCAACACGGUCCUGCAACAGAUUCAGAGUAUCCCUUUCCAAGAACCCAGCGGAACCAAUAUUGGUGCUGCCAUAGACUUUGCAAAGAAUUACAUGUUUGCACCAAGUUAUGGAAGGAGAAGAAAUGUCCCGGGGGUAUUGGUACUGUUGGCCGAUGGAGCUUCAGGAGAUGACGUGUUGGAGGCAGCAAAAUCUAUCAAAGACACAGGUAUUCGAGUGCUAGCGGUAGGAAUGAACGGCGCCGACCAAGAGCAGUUACGUCGAAUUGUCUCCGGCCAGAGUCCUAAAAAUGUCUUCUUCACCGGGGAUGUUCAGAACCUGGACACCAUUGUAGAUCGGGUGUCUGAGGCUAUUUGCACCGUGACAUCCGUGGAAGAACCUUGCACAGUUCAAUGCCCACAGGGCGAAAAGGGCCAAAAAGGAGAAGGGGGAAGCACCGGACGUCCUGGCCAAGCAGGUCCACAGGGAGAACCGGGUCGUAAUGGUGUCCCAGGUCCUCCUGGUCCUGUUGGACCCCGUGGUCCCCCUGGGGAAAGUGUUCCUUCAGGAGGACCGAAAGGGGACACCGGAGACCCAGGAACUGAUGGUAUCCCAGGAAGUCCUGGCCGCCCCGGGACCCCCGGAACGCCAGGCACCCUGGGAAAUAAAGGAUCGUCUGGAGAUAAGGGAGACACUGGUGAAAGAGGUCCUCCAGGGCCUGUUGGUCCAAAAGGAGAAAGAGGACUUCCGGGUGAACCUGGUGAAGUAAUAGAUGGCGGAGCAGGAGUCCCCGGGAGAAAAGGAGAACCAGGAAUUCCAGGAAUUCCCGGCCAACCCGGAUCACCAGGACAGAGGGGAAUCCCUGGGAAUCCAGGUCCAACAGGACCAGAAGGACAAACCGGACUCCCAGGUGUUCCAGGGCAGACUGUAAAGGGGGACAAAGGAGAUCGCGGUGAGAGAGGUCCUCCAGGUCAAGUUGAUGGCGUGGCUUCCAAAGGAGAACCAGGGAGUCCAGGGCCUCCUGGGGCCAAUGGCUUGCCUGGCUUAAGAGGACCCCCAGGUCUUGCAGGGCAAAAAGGAGAUAAGGGCGACGUAGGAGAAGGACUGCCAGGUGUCGCAGGGCGGCCAGGAGAUCCAGGUGAUCGAGGACCCAGAGGGCCACCCGGUGAACAAGGCUCCAAAGGUGACCGAGGACCUCCUGGGUUGGACGGUGAUCCCGGGGAGAAGGGGGACCGUGGCCCUCCAGGCUUCCAAGGGCUCAAGGGAAACCCAGGACAAAAUGGUGGCCCAGGUACACCAGGGGUCGCGGGACCUCCGGGAGCAUCGGGACCAAGAGGAGACAAGGGUGACCAGGGUGCUCCCGGUGAGCCGGGGAAACCCACGUUGGGGCUCCCCGGAACCAGAGGUGACAAGGGUGACAGAGGUUUCCCCGGCACAGAAGGAGCCAAGGGGCAAAGAGGUGAUCCCGGGGAGAAAGGAGAGCGAGGAUCACCAGGUUUUGGCGUCCCUGGUCCAGCUGGAGCCAAAGGAGAACCAGGAGAGAGAGGGAAUAUUGGCCCGUCUGGCAAGACAGGACAAAAGGGAGAUGCAGGUGAACCAGGGCAGAACGGGGAGCCUGGGAGAACUGGUCCACCAGGACAAAUAGGUCUUCGUGGCAAGGAUGGAGAGCGAGGAGAUAAAGGAGAAGAUGGCCUACCGGGAGAAGCAGGAAUUGCAGGAAAAAAUGGAGAAAGAGGACCCAGGGGUCUCCCAGGAUUAAGAGGCAUUGCAGGAGACAAAGGGGACCCCGGAGAUCCUGGAGAAGCUGGAAGGAAUGGGAGUCCAGGAACCGCAGGGGCUAAAGGUGACCGAGGUGAUCCCGGACCACAAGGUCCACCAGGUCCUGCAGGGAAACCAGGAUCUGUAGAGUCUGUUGUUGCCGGUAUGAAGGGGGACAAGGGUGAUGCUGGAGACCCUGGAGAGCAUGGAAGUAAAGGAGCAAAGGGAGAAGCAGGUCUAAAUGGUGUUCCUGGGGAUCGGGGUUUGGAAGGACCAAGAGGGCCACCGGGGAUUCGGGGAGAGCCUGGGGAUCGUGGUGCGCCAGGUGAAAAGGGAGACCGUGGCCCACCCGGCAUUGACGGAAGAAAUGGAUUAGAUGGCAAACCAGGACAGCCGGGUGCCCCAGGAGUGAGAGGAGAUUCCGGAAAGCAAGGGGAACCAGGAAGGGAUGGUCUACCAGGACUACGCGGAGAGCAAGGUCCUCCUGGACUAGUUGGCCCUGCUGGACCACCAGGAGUGCCUGGCAAGCCUGGUGACGACGGGAAACCUGGACUUAAUGGUAAAAAUGGUGAAGAUGGAACUCCAGGAGAAGACGGGAGAAAGGGUGAUAAAGGUGACACGGGUUCUCCUGGCAGAGAUGGUCGAGAUGGUACCAAGGGAAUCCUAGGAGAUGUAGGUCCUAUUGGCCCUCCAGGGCCACCUGGUGUUCCUGGACUUCCAGGUCAAAUUGGUCCACCUGGGCAGGGAAUUCCUGGAGUCGCUGGACCUCCUGGGCUAAAGGGUGAUAGAGGGGAAGGUGGUCCCAAAGGUGACCAGGGAAGGCCUGGAGAAAUGGGACAGAAAGGAGAGCCUGGACCUGCAUCGAGCCUCGAUAAACUCUUUGGGAGUAAGCUUUCAGUGCUGAAAGAAAUCGUUGAUACGUAUGAUGAAGGCUCUGGACCCUUCUUUCCUUCUCCCGAAAAGAAAAUUAAAGGAGAACGCGGGGAACCAGGAGAGAAAGGGGCUCCAGGAAAGGACGGAGUCAUGGGAUUUCCUGGAGAGCGAGGGUUUAAGGGAGACAAAGGUGACCAAGGACCUCAAGGCCCACAGGGUCCAACGGGACGUGCAAUCGGAGAGCGGGGACCUGAAGGUCCAGCUGGACAACCCGGAGAGGGAGGAAAACCUGGUAUUCCUGGAGUACCCGGAAGAGCAGGAGAAAAAGGAGAGCCAGGGAAACCUGGGGAGAAGGGAGACAGAGCCGAAAAAGGAGAAAGAGGAGACCCAGGUGAAGAUGGUGCCCGGGGCCCAGUUGGACCACCAGGUCCUAAGGGUGAAGUUAUAGAAAUUAUCGCCACUGGACUGCCAGGAGAGAGAGGAUUAACAGGACAAAAGGGAGCCAAGGGAGAGUCGGGUGCAGAUGGAGAAAAGGGAUCCAAAGGAGAUAAGGGGGUAGAAGGUCCUAAAGGAGACAGGGGUGACCCUGGAGAGAAAGGCAGAGAUGGAAGUCCGGGUGCAACAGGAGAGAGGGGGUUAGCAGGACCAGAAGGCAAACCGGGAUUGCCAGGUUUCCCCGGAGUUCUCGGCAGACCGGGUAAUCCAGGAGAACAAGGAGCACAGGGUCCCCCUGGUCCUCAGGGUCUUCCAGGAAUAAAGGGUCACCCAGGAGACCCCGGCCCCAGUAUACGGGGACCACCUGGUCCUCAAGGGAUUGCUGGACCUCCUGGUCUUCCCGGACCCCCAGGGGUGGUGGGACCCCAAGGGCCCGCUGGUGUUGCUGGUCAAUCGGGUGAAUCGGGAAAACCUGGGAUUCCCGGAAGAGACGGCUUAUCAGGCAAAAACGGUGAACCAGGACUUCCAGGAAAAAUGGGUCUUCCUGGUGUACCCGGACCAUCCGGCACGAAAGGAGAUCAAGGGGAACCGGGCACCCCAGGAGAAUUUGUUGCUGGAACUCCUGGGAUGAAAGGAGAAAAGGGUGCUCCGGGCGACCAAGCAGGACAAAUACCAGGGGAACCUGGUGCAAAAGGAGACAGAGGGUUCCCUGGACCCAGAGGCGAGAAGGGAGAUCCGGGAAGAAAAGGCGACACAGGAGAUCCUGGUGAAGAUGGUACCAAAGGUUCUGCUGGUCCAAAAGGUGACAAAGGUGAUACAGGAAUAGGAUUACCAGGACCUCAAGGACAAAUUGGACCCCAGGGUUUAAAGGGAGAUGUUGGAUUACAAGGACCUUCCGGACCGCCAGGUCUUCAGGGCCUGGCAGGAACCCCUGGACAGCCUGGAGUACGAGGAGAAAUUGGACAACCAGGGCCGCCGGGUGCACCUGGGGAGAGGGGUCUGGCUGGCUUUCCCGGUAGAGAAGGGAAUUCGGGACCUCCUGGACCACCUGGAGCCACUGGUGGACCUGGACCAGUUGGACCACCAGGAAUUAAGGGCGAUAAGGGUGAAACAGGGAUUGGGCUUGUGGGCCUUAGAGGAGAAAGAGGAGACCCAGGUCCUAGGGGAGAAGAUGGGCGUCCGGGUCUAGAAGGCGACCGUGGACCUCCAGGACUUCCAGGAAACAGAGGAGAGCGAGGAGACAAGGGAGACUCAGGUCCCCAUGGAAUAAAAGGAGAUAAGGGCGACACACUGACCGUGGAGGGGCCACCAGGACCAAAGGGAAACAAGGGAGAGACGGGGGACAGAGGCGUUAAGGGUUCAGAAGGCGAAAAGGGUGAUAAAGGAGAUCAGGGUACCAACGGAGAAAAGGGGGUCAAAGGUGAACAAGGUGAUAAAGGAGCCACAGGCUUUGCUGGUGCUCGUGGUCCUGGAGGGCAAAAGGGGGAAAGUGGCCAACCCGGUGAACCUGGAGAGGCUGGUGUGCCAGGGAAGGAAGGGCUGCCCGGUGGACGAGGGGAGAAGGGAGAUCCGGGGUUCCCUGGACUGAGAGGACCAAAGGGAGAACGUGGCAUAAAAGGUCUUUGUGGGCAAGAUGGUGAGAAAGGAGACAAGGGAGAUGCGGGUAUGCCCGGUCGUCCUGGUCUUCAGGGGAGGAAGGGGGAUACUGGUGAGUCUGGAAUCCCAGGAAUACCAGGUCAGCCUGGAAAGGAGGGUCUUGUUGGAACCAAGGGUGACAGAGGCAUGGAAGGCUUACAAGGAGCUAAAGGAGAUCAAGGUGAAAAAGGAGAAAGGGGUACCGUUGGAGUAAUUGGUUUUCCUGGCCCUAGAGGAGUUGAUGGCCCUCCAGGACCUCCCGGCCUUCCAGGUCUUGUUGGCUCCAAGGGUCCUGAAGGUCUUCAGGGGCAGAAGGGGGAGAGGGGUCCUCCUGGGGAGUCAAUUGCUGGCCCACGGGGCGUCCCGGGAAUACCAGGAGAGCGAGGAGACCAGGGUAUGCUUGGUCCUGAUGGUACUAAAGGAGAAAAGGGGUCUCCGGGUAUGACGGAGGAGGAAAUCCGGGGCUAUGUGAAGCAAGAAAUGAGUCAGCAUUGCGCCUGUGGAGGUCAGUUGACAAUCCAUGUAGAUCCUGUGGGUAAUAUGUGUGCCUGUGUAUGAGAGAGCGAAAGGGGCGAGAAGGAGAGAGAGAGAA